UUGCGUACGAAACCGAUGGGUGGUUAUAUAUGCACGUAGUUAUGCACGAAUUACAUAAGUCGCAAUACUGUCAAGUACAGGUAGUCGUUAACGUUUAUUCCACGUGAAUGUAUCAAUACCACCACGACGUUUCGAUUUUGUAACCGACGAACGAAGAGAAAUGAAAGUCAUCGGACAGUAAUAAUUGUUUACAUCGAGUGAUUUCGUGCACGCAAUUAAUCCCAUUUGGUUGAAACAAUUACCUGCGUAACGCUAACGAUGAAUCGGACCCGAGUCAGAUAACAGACACACGUUAUAAAGAUUUCGAAUUGGGUAUUAACUUUGCACACAACGACACGUGACAUAACAAAAAUGAUAACGAUUAACUUUCUUGAUCAAUGAUAUCGAUUCUGCCAGCGACAUGAUGUCUGUCCGUUGGUUACAUUAUUCAUAACAACAUUGGUGAAUCUUCUUAUCGAAUACGUUUAAUCAUUGCAAAGUAAAUCGAUGUAUGUAGAGUACGGUCGACGACUCUGAAAAUGAAGAAUGAAUUAUGGAUCCCCGGUGAAAUAUUGUAUUAUGAGUAGUAAUGCGAUUAAGAACAAUUUGGACAUUGUUGGGUAUCGGAAUUAGGAAUCCGAAGUCUUGUAUCCGAAUCAGAAUAUCGAAGGAAAGCUGUGAAUUUGAAAAACGAACUAUCGCUAACACGCGAUAGUUUAUCACGAAUUUUGUAAGCGGGAGACAUUAAAGGCUUUCAAUAUCUGGUAUCGGUGAACGUCGAAGUGAUUUGAGGCUCAGCAGUCUCGAAUCAUUUCGAAGACAGAAAUUUGAACGCUCAUUGUUAGCCAUGAGGACGAAGGAAACCCGAGCGGAGCCGAAAAUAGCCGAACGACGCUGAAUCAUAUUUGAUGCGUCGACUCUGAUUAGUGGUGUCGCCGUCGAACUGUGCAUUGCUUACAGUGGGAUAUGUUAGUCGCGUUAGUUAUUCAGUGAAACGUGGUCGUGUAUCGUUUCACGUCUAUUUUGCGGAUGUGUGGAUGCGAUGAAUAACUACAAGAAUUCUUUGCAAUAGCAUCGAACUACGGUGGAAACGAGGAAUCGGUCGAUUUCGGUUACGUCUCGGUGUAACGCGUUAUGCAUUGGCUUGAUGUGUUUUCUCGAGGUCACAGUCGGACUUUGACAGGCAUUAGAAUGUCGUGUGUAAACGUGAUGAUAUUUGUGUUAGGUGUUUGGUGCGUUAUAGGGGCGGUUUCUGCAGCAGGAGAUGGACAUUGCAUUUGGUAUGGAGAGUGUUACACAGAUCCAUUCAUGCAUAAAAAGAAUUGUCCAUACAAUGGGCCAGCUAAGCCAUUGGACUUGAUAGGGCAAGAAUUACUUUCUAAAAAUUGUCCUCACCUAUUUAAAGAUUCUGGAAAUGGAAUUACAACUUGUUGCGAUACAAAGCAAUUAACAACAAUGGACGCGAACGUUAAAUUGGCGGCCAAUUUUAUAAGCAGAUGCCCUAGCUGCUUAGACAAUUUAGUGAAGCAUUUCUGUGAAUUUACGUGCAGCACAGAACAAAGCAAAUUCAUUAACGUCACAGAGAUAAAAAAAAAUGGAGACGUCGAGUAUAUUAAUCAAAUAGAUGUUUAUGUAACGAAUAAGUAUCUGGAGGGUACGUUUAAUUCCUGCAAUAAAGUAUCGGUACCUAGUACCGGACAAUUAGCAAUGGACAUAAUGUGCGGAGAAUGGGGCGCGAGUAGAUGUACCCCAUUAAAAUGGUACCAUUAUAUGGGCGAUGCGGCGAAUAACAAUUACGUACCGUUCCAAAUUACAUAUAAAAACACUGAUCUGCCUGUCGGUCCAUUUACACCUAUGGAUCCUGCAGUUACCCCUUGUAGUAAAGCAUUGAACAAAAACACACCAGCCUGCAGUUGCGUAGAUUGCGAAGCCAGUUGUCCAGUUCCACCGCCACUGCCCCCACUUCCAGAAGCCUUUACCAUUUUUGGCUACGAUGGCUAUGCAGUGACUAUGACAAUUAUUUUUGUGGGUGGUUCUACCCUCUUCCUCUUAGCGAUAGUGUGCUUCAGUAAUAGGCAACAAAUUGUCGCACGAGGGGAGGAGGUAGGAAGGCAGGUGGGUAGACGCCUAGCCGCAGGGUUACACCACCCAGGAGAUGGUGCUCGUAUUGCUCUCGCCGCGGACCAAGAAGACAGCCCACUUCAAUCUAAGCGUUCCAGUGUGAUAUCUGCAGAUGAUUUGCCGAGCGGCUUUGACGACGAACAACAGUCGACCUUUAUCGAAAGAUUGGGCGCGGGCACCGACAAAUUAUUGGGAGAAUUCUUCUGUUGGUGGGGCACAGCGUGCGCAUCACGGCCGUGGUUCGUGCUGUUCGUUGGUUUCUUGUUCAUCGUUACGUUGGGACACGGAAUAAAAUAUAUACACGUUACCACCGAUCCGGUUGAAUUAUGGGCUGCUCCACAAUCGCGAUCACGCGUCGAAAGAGCAUACUUCGACGAACACUUCGAACCAUUUUACAGAACCGAACAGAUUAUUAUAACAUCAGUUGAUAUGCCGAAUGUCGUACACAACACAUCAGAUGGCCCAAUAAUAUUUGGCCCCGUAUUUAACAACAGUUUCUUACUGACUAUCUAUCAACUGCAAGAAGGAAUUAAGCAAAUAGUUACCCCGAACAAUUACACCUUGGCAAAUAUAUGUUUCGCUCCAUUGACCAGUCCCUUCACUGGACCGCCAACAGUUUCGCAAUGUGUCAUUCAAAGUAUUUGGGGUUAUUGGCAAGAUAGCGUAGAGAAUUUCAAUGCAACCAGCGAUGAAGAUAAUUACACAGUAAACUAUUUAGACCACUUCAGAGUCUGUUCGCAAAACGCGUUCAAUCCUGAUUGUCUUGCUCCUUACGGUGGACCGGUAGAACCAGCGAUCGCAGUCGGAGGAUUCUUAAAGCCAGGGCAGGAUCUACACAAUCCUCCGUACGAAAAAGCCACAGCAAUCAUUUUAACCAUACUAGUAAACAAUUAUCAUGAUAAAUCCAAACUUCAUCCAGCGAUGGAGUGGGAACAGAGUUACAUCGAAUUUAUGAAAAAUUGGACAGCGACGAAAAAGCCGGCAUUUAUGGAUGUUGCGUUCACCUCGGAAAGAUCGAUAGAGGAUGAAUUGAAUCGCGAGUCACAGUCGGACGUUCUGACUAUCCUAGUGUCAUACAUCAUUAUGUUCGCGUAUAUUGCGAUUUCUCUGGGACAGAUCAAGACUUGCAGUCGACUUUUGAUCGACUCUAAAAUUACCCUCGGUCUUGGCGGUGUGCUCAUAGUGCUGGCUUCUGUCGUUUGUUCCGUCGGUUUGUUUGGUUUCAUCGGUGUUCCCGCUACGCUCAUUAUUAUUGAAGUCAUACCGUUCCUCGUCCUUGCCGUCGGAGUAGACAACAUUUUCAUUCUGGUACAAACACAUCAAAGAGAAGGUCGCAGACCAAACGAGUCGAUACCGGAGCAUAUCGGUCGUACCCUUGGCCAAGUGGGGCCGAGCAUGUUGCUGACCAGUGUAUCGGAAAGUUGUUGCUUUUUCCUUGGUGGAUUAUCCGACAUGCCAGCAGUCAGAGCUUUUGCUCUUUACGCCGGUAUGGCUCUGUUAGUAGACUUUCUACUGCAAGUAACGUGUUUCGUCAGCUUACUGGCGUUGGACACCGUACGACAAGUAAACAAUAGACUGGACGUGUGUUGUUUCGUUCAUGGUUCGAAGAAAGAUAGCGGGGAGGAAAUAGUGAACGGGAUUUUGUACAAAAUCUUUAAAGUCGCAUACGUUCCAUUGUUGCUAAAAAAAUGGACACGCGCACUUGUCAUGCUAGUCUUUUUCGGAUGGCUGUGCUCGAGCAUAGCCGUUGUUCCUCAUAUCGAAAUUGGCUUGGAUCAAGAACUUUCCAUGCCCGAAGAUAGUUUUGUUUUAAAAUACUUUAAAUUUUUAAACAGAUAUUUAUCAAUUGGACCACCAAUGUACUUUGUCGUGAAAGACGGCCUAAAUUACUCGGACACGAAUGCGCAGAAUCUCGUAUGCGGCGGUCAGUAUUGUAACAGCGACUCGGUAUCUACUCAAAUAUUUAUAGCAUCGCAACAGUCGAACAGGACAUACAUUGCGAAACCUGCGUCGUCGUGGUUGGACGAUUACAUGGAUUGGACGGAGUUAUCUACUUGCUGUAAAUACUUUGUCGGAAACAAUUCCUUCUGUCCACAUUCAGAAUAUUCGUCUCGUUGCGCCAAGUGUAAUAUUACCAGAAACCAUGGUCGGCCAUCGCCAAUGGAUUUUGAGAGAUACGUGUCGUUUUUCUUGCAAGACAAUCCCGACGAUACGUGCGCCAAAGCAGGCCACGCGGCUUACGGCCACGGCGUGAACUACGUUACCGAUCCAAAGACAGAGCUCUCGAAAGUCGGAGCAUCCUACUUCAUGGCUUAUCACACCAUUCUGAAAUCCUCCGCCGAUUAUUACGAAUCCAUGAGAGCGGCAAGGACCGUGUCGGCAAACUUGACAGAUAUGAUCAAUACCAACUUAAGAAACAUGGGUGACACUUCAACAACUGUCGAAGUAUUCCCGUACAGCGUGUUCUACGUCUUCUACGAACAGUACUUAACGAUGUGGCCCGACACGUUGUAUAGCAUAGGAAUAUCGUUGUUCGCUAUAUUCGUGGUAACCUUCUUCUUGAUGGGCCUGGAUAUAUUUUCUUCUGUUGUCGUUAUAAUAACCAUCACGAUGAUCGUCGUCAACAUUGGUGGUUUAAUGUAUUGGUGGCAUAUUACGCUAAACGCAGUGUCUUUGGUCAAUCUUGUCAUGGCCGUAGGAAUUGCCGUGGAAUUUUGUAGCCAUCUGGUACAUUCCUUCUCGGUAUCGGUAAAGGCGACGAGGGUCGAACGAGUUUCUGACGCACUGACGAACAUGGGGAGUUCCAUUUUUAGCGGUAUCACGCUUACGAAGUUCGGUGGUAUCAUAGUACUUGGCUUUGCAAAAAGUCAGAUCUUUCAGGUAUUCUACUUCAGAAUGUAUCUGGGUAUUGUACUGUUCGGGGCGGCGCAUGGCUUAAUAUUCUUGCCAGUAUUACUCAGUUACAUAGGCGUGAUGUCGCGCCGUGGGCGCAGAAGAGCCCGCCACUGUGCCAGCAGGGCUAGAAACGAAUUCAGGAGCGAAGAACGCGGGCCAGACUCUCCUCUACUCCAAAACGACAACAAUCAGCACCCAACCACUUCCUACGCCAGUGUGAACUCCACGGAUACGACGCCUCGAUAUAUGACCUUCUAGCAUUAAUUAUCAGAAUGAUACGUGAACAUUUUGUAUUUAGAAAGACUGAAAAUAACUUUGUCGAAUACUACACAUCAUUGUUCCCACCUUCGACAAACAAAAUUCUUUUUCAAAAAAAAAAAAAUAACAAACAAAAAUAGGUUAAACGAAUCGACCAGGGAAAUGCCGUGUUCGAUGCAAACAGUGUGAAGUUCAUGUCUGUGUAUUUGUUUUUGUAAGUAGGAAGAAAAAUAAUUUCUUAUAUUAUUAAUAUUGCUACGAGUAUCGUAAGAUUGCGUUUUAUUUAGGAUAUUCAUUUGUGGAAGAACAGCCUCUUAAUUUAACAUUACCGUUGAAGCUUUACGAUUGUAUUCACGUAAUUUUUAAGAAGGUACGAUCGAUCGUAACGAUCGAUAUUACCAAGAAACGAUAAUUUAGUUCUAACGAGUAUUUGGUUCGUUUUCCCGGUAUUCUUUUUAUAGUGGGAAAUGGGUAAAUGUAUGUUGCUUGGCAAACGGCAAAUGUUAUCUGCAUUUUUGUCGUGCUUUAUCGACGCGCGUGCAUUUUUUUUUUUUUUUUUCCGUCAUCGCCUGGGUACAUUCAGUUUCCGAUAUCGGUGAGGCAUAAUUUAUGCGUCAUGAAAUGACGCGUCAGUAAUAUAAAAAAAACGUUAUCGUUUAUUCGUGAGAAUUAUAUCUAUUAUAAUACGAGAAAUUUAAAUGUAACAUUACCAUUUCGACAUAUUUAUUUGAAAUGUAACAUUGAUGUCAUUGCGUAACGUAAAUUUGGAAUUUUGUCCAAACGAGUAUUAACCGUCCUUAGUCGUGGUAAAGAAUAGAAAAGGAAUACGAAUGAUUUUAAAUUUACGUUCUACGAAAAGCAUUAGUAAGCGCGAUACUACUUACGAUCAACUAGUUCAAUUACGUGGCAUUCAUAUCGGUUAUGCACGGUGUUAUGGCACCCCUGGGAAAAAUUUUAUUGGGAGAUUCUAAAGGCCAAAAUAAGACAAAAAUCAAGAAUACCAAUUUUUUGAUGGAGACUUUGUUAAAAAGUUAUUAACGUUUAAAGUUCCGCCCGUA